CGGUCGGGAAAGCGACGGGUUAAUUUAAGACUAGGAGAAAAACCUGUUGCCAAUUAGGACCAGUGAGCGCCACAUGUAGGCUGUAGACGGAGCUGUCUCCAGAAGGGGCAAAGGGGGCAGAAACCGCAGUGCACGCAAUGGAGACGAACUGAAUAUCUUAACAAUCAUUUCUUCAAGUUAAUUUGUCAUUUACAUUAGUAACUCGAGUGUUUUCGUCUUAGUGACAUGAUCAAGUGAGAUCUUUAGGAUUAAUGCGCAAAAAGACCACACUUCUCACGUGGUCUCGUUCCAUUUUUUUACCUUUCAGCGUUGCAACAUGGCAAGCAUUACUACUUUGUUUUUAUUCUGUCUGACAUCCAUACUCGGAACAGGCACUGUUUCUGAGAUCUGCCGCGGGACGCACUGUUUCUCUGGACAGGACUGGAGCAGACCGUGCGUCGGAGCGCACUGCCAGCUGGGGCGCACAGAUCCAGCAGCUCAGGCUCGAAGAAAGAUCCAUCACUCUGCGCAAUCCGCACAGGGACAAGUCUACCCGAGCUACCAACGGGAUGCUCAUUACAUUCAUCAACAAGCUCAGAGCGCACCGUUAGCGCCGUACAUCAUCCACCCGCCACAGACAGACUUUGCGCAACAAGCGGGUGCAGAUGGAACCAGGAGGACGAACCCCAGGACCAUCACGGCGGAGGUGUUUCAUCCAGGCUGCGCUGGAGGAAGCUGCCCGACUACUGUUUCUCAUCGCCAAACGAACGAUGACAGUGCAACGCGGGAGUGCAAAGGGAUUGGAUGUAAACUGCCGCUGCGGAUGCGCCAGACACCCAGCAAGCCUUGUGUCGGGAACGGUUGCGGUUCUUACGGAGAAGACGACGGGAGAGAGAGCUCUUCACCGGUGCACGUGACCGACAGAGCCGCUCAGUUUUUGGAUGAGCUUCCAGACUUUGGGUCGGAACGAGGCGCAUGGAUACAACUGGCAUGUGACGUGAAACCAGGAAACAAUGAGCUUCCCUCAGAAGACGCUCUGGUGCUGCAGCUGCAGCUGUCAAAGAGCCAGGACAAGCUGGUUGAGGCCCUCAGGGGCCAACAGGACGAAGUUAAGGAGCUGCAGAGGCUCCUGGGUGAGCAGCAGGGGACGCUGGUCAACCAGCAGAGAGAGAUCCUGGAUCAGCAGAGGAGGAUGUUCGAACAGAUGGAGCAAGUGAAAGCCCAGUACAGCAUGAUGAUGGACAGCAUGAAACAAACAUCUUUCCAGAACCUCCAGGGAGAUGUGGACAGUCACACGGAAACUCUGAGUGGGCAGGUUCGAGCCCACCAGGCACAGCAGGCCCUCUCUUUACACAAGGUGGACAUGGACGCCAGUGUGAUGGAGGUGGGUCCCUCUCUGAUGGCGUGUGGCCCCUGCAGUCCUGAGGAGUACUGUGGCUUCAGCAGCGGUCGUCCUCGCUGUGAGAGGUGCACCGUCUGUCCCGCUGGCUUCUUCCUGGUCGCUCAGUGUUCAGUCCAUGCAGACAGAAUCUGCCAGGACAGAGACGAGUGUCUUGAAAUAGCUAAUCUGUGUGGAGAUCAACAGAAAUGUCUCAACACACCAGGUGGAUUCAGGUGCCAGGGCAUGACAGAGCGAGAUGCCAGCUCAGGAAUGUGUGGCCAUGACUACUUCUUCAACUCGGACAUGGACGAGUGCCAGGCCUGUACUGAGUGCGACAGUGAAUCUGUAACAUCCUCCUGUAGCUUCACCACAGACACCAUCUGCUCAGGCCCUGCUGUUGAUGACGGUGCGCUCUCUCUGUCCUGGGCUGGAGAUGUGAGUCUGCCGGGGCCAAAGGGCAAGGAUCUGGCACAUGCCUUCCACGGUGUGCAGCUUCGCAUCCAAGGAAAAGGUGAUGUAGGUGUAGUGUCGCCUGAGGACGGGCGUCUGGUGCUCAGGCAGCAUGGUCUGGUCUGGCUGGAUGAGAAUCUGUCAGUGAGUCACGGCUGCCGCAGCUUUAUCCAGGUGUGUCUGCGUAUGAAUAACACUGAUGGUUCUGGUCUGGACCUCAGCGGUGUUAGAGUGGAGCAGCGGGAUGGAAGGUCACUCCAGAGCGUCAGCAUCAGCGGGGUAGCAGAGGUCGCUCCAGGUAAUGCAAUCUCCCUGUUCCUCCGGAGUGCCAGCCAACACUGUAACCAAAGCAGAGAGGGUCUGGAGCUGUACGACUCUGUAGCAACUCCGUUCAGCCUCCUGUGGCUCUCCCAUGACACUGGGGCUGUUGCCAUGACAGCGCAGGCAAUGGUGUCCGCACACUACCACACAAACUAUCGCCCAGUCUUCCGCACUACCUCCACCUCGGACGCUUAUGUAGUGGGGUUGACUCAUGAUGGUCGUGGUAUCCGUUUUGCUGAAAGCGGUACAGUUCGUUUUGUCUUCCAACAAGCUUUGUACUCCAUGGGCCAGGCCUGUGUGAGCGAAGGAUUCCAGCUGCUGGCAUACAUCAGUCGCAAUGGAACGGGCUCGGAGCUGUGCCGCACCUUCAAACCGGGCGUUCACUACCGGGACACGUCCAUUUCUCUAUCUGGAGCAGCUAAAGUUGAUCCCGGAGACACACUGGCCUUUGAGAUCCUCUCACCCGCACAGUGCAACGUCCGUUUCUUUGGUGAUGAGACAGGCAUUAGCACCUUCAGUUUGGUCUGGGUCCCCAUUGCCAUUUCUUCCUCUUUGUCUGCCUCCGUUGCCAACACUGGCCUUCCUUCGGGAGCUGUUCGGAACAAGCCACUCUUUUUCCGCCAGACCAGCCCUCAGGUGUCACAGAUGGGGCUGCUCGGGAAGGGACCCACAGAACAGAGACGGGAUUUUGUCUUCCGGGAGAGUGGUACAGCCAGUGUGGCUCUGGAUCUUAAACUAAUCCACUCCUGCAACUUGGUUAAGGUGACUCUGCUUAUGCGAAGUGAUCCAGAGGAGUCAAGACGAGGCAGGGAGGCAGUCACUGCUCGGCCCAUCCCUGUGGCCCAGCAGGUAGAUGGUCAGAUGGCAGAGGGAAGCCAGUGGGCGAGUGUGAGCCUGCGAGCGUCCUUCCAGGUUCAUAAUGGCACAGUAGUGUUCUUCACACUGGACUGUGUUCGUGGACGAGUCAACCAAAUCAGCCAUCAGACAGGAAGUGAGAUAUCAGUCCUUUGGGUGGCAGCGUGAUGAAAGAAAGACAUAAUGUUGAUAUG